UCGCAUGCCGGCGACGGAAGCGCGGCAACGUUGCAACGUCUCAGUCUCGGCGACUCUACCUCUACUCAACUCGGUGCUAGCCCGAGUCAACCAAGUUUUGUCUGCCGGGUGGUUCGUGACUUCGGGUUAAACGAAAAGAGUUGUGAAGUGUGGAGAGUGGAGAGUGGAGAGAAUUCUGCCGUUGUCGUCGGGGAAUAUAUAUAUAUAUACACGCAUACACACACACGCACACGUACACAAACAUAUACGUAUUAUAUACGUAUAUAUAUAUAACUAACUAACCAACUUCUCUCUGUCUCACUCUCUGUCUCGAUCUCACUCUCUAUCUCAAUCUCUCUCACUCUCUCUUUCUCUAUCUCUCUAUCUCUUUCUUUCGUAAAUCGCGAAAUGCAAAUACAACGCUGCGUAAGCGAUCGGGAACGCGCAACGUAUCUAAUAAAACGUAUAAACCAGUAAAUAAUCCAACCACACGCACACACACACACAUACACACACAUACAGUAAGACACACAUACACGCAGAGCACACGCAAGAACGUACAGAAAUACACAAAUACCCACGUACGCGGAUACGUAUAUAUACGUACGAACACACAUACACGCGCCCAGGUACAUAUGGAUAUACACGUAUAUGCAUAUGUAUAUAUACACAUACACGCAUACACGUAAACGCGUACGUAAAUAAGAAGUUAAUGAGAGUUUAAGUUUGGUGUAAAUGGCGCUCUCCAGCCGAAAUGAGUCUACGUCAUAUGUGAACCUGUAUUAUUCUAUUGUCCAGCGUGCGGCAACUCGUUACUUUAAGGAAUAUUACAAUUCCGGCUAGAUCAUUGGGGCGGGCGGGGUAGCUAGGGAUAGUAGAAGAGGACGAGGGAGGGAGCUACGGAUGAGGAGGACGGGAAGCGAGAAUGGCUCUAAACUUCUCCGCCUCGUUCGCGGCUUGCCUCGCGGCCGGACUCAAGGUGCCCCGCCAGAUCAUGUACUGCAUCUCACAGGACACAGGCGCCCCAUACGUGUUGUACAAAGAUAAUAUGGAGAGAGCCCAGGGGCAAUGGGGUCCAGGGCCGGGAUCUCUCCAGGAUGGUGGAUUGUACGCCCAGCAACAACAGCAACAGCAGCAGCAGCAGCAGCAGCAGCAGCAACAACAGCAGCAGCAACAGCAGCAACAGCAGCAGCAAGGUUCCUCCUCGUCCGGUAGCCCGCAGCAGGCUUGCGGCCCUCCAGUUGAGGGGGAGAGUGGACCUCCGCCCUCGCUAGCCUCCCCCGUCCCCUCACCGUACCCUUCGGCACCUCCCGAGCCUCAGGCCCUCACCCCAUCCGAUGACGACAUCCAGUCUAGCCAAACUACACCUCAACAGCAGCAGACGCAGCAGCAGGUUCAGCAACAAGUUCAGCAGCAACAGCAACAGCAACAACAGCAACAACAACAGCAGCAGCAGCAACAGCAGCAGCAGCAGCAACAGCAGCAACAACAGGGGCACUCGCCUCAGCAGCAGCUCACACCCCACGAGGUUGAACGCGGGGACUGUUUUCCUGGUAGCGGUGAUUUGCAACAAUAUCCACAGCAUUAUUUCAAAGAAAGCAGGCCGCAUCCGUCGCCGUCGAUGCCUUCCCACAUGCUUACACCGGGGGGUUUCUCAGCGUUGCAUUAUCUGAAGCAACCGGGGGUCAUGCUGACGUCGCUUGGUCAGGCUGUCGACGGCGGGGCAAGCUUGGAGGGUCACCAGUACACGAGUCCCGGAGGUCCGAAUAUGUCGUCGACGGGUUUGCCGGACAUUGUACAGCAGAAUGGAAAAUCGUCGAAGGGUGCAAACAGUGAUCUUAGAUUGUUCAAGUGCUUGACGUGCGGUAAAGAUUUCAAGCAGAAGUCUACCCUGUUGCAACACGAGAGGAUUCAUACGGACAGUCGGCCGUACGGGUGUCCGGAGUGCGGAAAGCGGUUUAGGCAGCAAUCCCAUCUUACCCAGCAUCUACGCAUACACGCCAACGAGAAGCCGUACGCGUGCGUUUACUGCGAGCGUACUUUUCGCCAGCGGGCCAUUCUCAACCAGCAUCUACGCAUCCACUCGGGUGAGAAGCCAUACCAAUGUCCGGAGUGCGGAAAACACUUUCGUCAGAAGGCGAUCCUGAAUCAGCACGUCCGCACACACCAAGAUGUAAGUCCACACCUAAUCUUUAAAAACGGAAUGACGCCGACUCUCUGGCCCCAAGACGUGCCGUUCCCCCCGGAGGAAGGAGGAGGGGGAGGCGGAGGCGGCGGCGGCGGCGGCGGCGGCGGAGGAGGCGGCAAGGGGGCAGACGUUGCGUCAAACUUUGGGGAUUCGGGUUCGUUCAGCCCGGCACCAGACGCGAGCUCGAUUCAGUAUCCCGCUUACUUCAAGGACCCGAAGGGAGGAAAUCACACGGUCUUCGGUGCCGGAGGUCCGAGCAGCUUUGGUGCGCUGCAGUACAUAAAGCAGCAGGGGGCGGCGAGCAAGGGAUGCCUGCCCGACGUGAUACAACACGGUCGUUCGGCGGGCAUGCCGCUCUACGUAAGAUGCCCAAUUUGCCAGAAGGAGUUUAAGCAGAAGUCGACCCUGCUGCAGCACGGUUGUAUACACAUCGAAUCGAGGCCCUACCCAUGCCCGGAGUGCGGUAAGAGAUUCCGUCAACAGUCCCACCUAACCCAGCAUCUUCGUAUCCAUACGAACGAAAAACCGUACGGUUGCGUAUACUGCGGUCGUAAUUUUCGCCAGAGAACGAUACUGAAUCAGCACGUUCGCAUUCACACCGGUGAAAAACCGUACAAGUGCCAACAGUGCGGCAAGGAUUUUCGCCAGAAGGCGAUACUGGAUCAGCACACUCGCACCCAUCAGGGUGACAGGCCGUUUUGUUGUCCUAUGCCUAACUGCAGGCGGCGUUUCGCAACCGAGCCCGAGGUCAAGAAGCACAUCGACAACCACAUGAAUCCCCACGCUGCUAAAGUGCGACGAAACUCGAGCGGUGAUACAAAACCACCGUCAAGUUCGAGCGGUGCGGGAGGUUUGGGCGCUGGUCCAGCGGGGCCUCGUGGUCUUACGCCUACCGUCGUUAAACCGGAACUUUAUUUCCCCCAGUGUUACGCCCCUGCCUUUAACCAUCAGCCCCCCGUUUCUACGGCCCAGUUUCCGGUACAGGCAAAUGGUGUUUCUGGUGUUACAGGUGAAUUUAAACCCCCGUCCGGAAUACCACCGCAGUGACUAACCGUCCAUCAAUCGGCAACAACUUACUAGCGCGCGGAACGAUACAUACGUACAUACACACACCCACACCCACACCCACAUACAUACACGCAUAUAUACAUAUUUUUUUUCGGCCCCUGGAUCGGGUAUACAUUAUUAUCAUUAUUAUAUAUAUACAUAUAUAUACAUAUAUAUAUAUAUAUAUAACACAGUCGCGAUCGGUGGCUGAACCGUUGCCGCAUCGCCCGGGGGCGACGGUUCCUCGAUGCCCGCGGACGUUAACAGUGCAUUUAUAUAUGAUACAUAUACUAGAACGUGGAACUUGUUUUCUAUUAUUAUUAUUAUUGUUAUUAUUAUUAUUAUUAUUAUUAUUGUUGCUACUAUAAUUAUCAGUACUAUUAGGAAUCCCCCCCCCCCCCUCGACCGCGACCCUUUGUCCGCCAAUUAUAUAUUUUUUUUUUCCUUUAAUGAUCAAGUUGAAUGAAGACGUAGUUCAAGAUAAAUAUGAAGAUGAAGGUGAAGAUGAUGAUGAAGAUGGAGAUGAAGAAAGAAGAGAAGAAAAAAAAAAUGAAACAGAAAUGAAACGUGAAUAAACUCGCAUCUACUCGCCCGCCCGCACUACUCUUACAGUAUACGUGUGUACAGAUAGAUACAUAUUAUAACUAUAUGGAUUAUACAUAUAGGUAUACGCAAUCAAACAAACAAACAAAUCGCGAAGAAUCUCUCGACAAGUUUCCGUGUUCUUCUCUUUUUUUUCUGUUUCUUUUUCUUCGGCCGUACUAUAUGUAUGAGACGGUAUGCCAAUGCAACUGCACGUUUACCAAGGCGCGCGCAUCUUAAUAUCACGGUGAUAAGCAUUUUGUUUUUCUUUUUCUUUUUUCCCUUUUGUCGAUUAAAUAAUUAUUAUCAGUGCCCGGAUUUUAAGGCAGGUUGCUGUCUUAAUAAUAAUAUUAUUAUUAUUAUUAUUAUUAUUAUUAUUAUUAUUAUCAUUACUAUUAUUAUUAUUAUACUAUAAUACAUAAUUAAACCAAGCGAGAAAGAAAAGCGCAUUCUUUGCCAAAACGAGUUAAAGAUGUUCGAUUUUAUGACCAGACUGAAAUGAUUGUGAUACAAUAUUUAACUUGCCUAUGUUUUAAAGAAUCGAGGAGUCAAAUUGAGUAUACAUAAUACGCAUGUGUGAGUCUUGGAAAGAGGAUGCUUUGUAAAUAUGUAAUAACGUGAACAAUACCUACAUUAGAAUACGAUGUUAUAUACAUAUAGAGGGAGCAAGAAAGACAAAGAAAGAUCAAAGAGAGGAGGAAGGCGGUGGGCUGAAAAUGAGAACAUACAUGGCUGCGUGGCUCGCCAAUGCGAACGUUGUGUUUGAAGAGGUUUAUGACGAUGAUGAUGAUGAUAAUGAUGACAGUGACGUUGAACGAAGGUAUGAUUCUAGUAUACUAUUUUAACAUUUGAAUAUGUAUUUAUAACGAUAGAUAAUUCUACAUGUAAUAACUACACAAUGAUAUUUUGAUUGGUUUUAAACCAUAUUGGUGCUGAUAAGUAAGUAAAGAUAUAGGAAAACAGAAUGUGGAGGGAACGUGGAAGAAGGCUGAGACAUCUUAGAGUAAAAGAAAGAAAAAAAAAAAAAAUAAUAAAUGAAUACAAAAUAAAUAAAAAAAAAAAAA